AUGGUGAUAUUUUUUCAAAAAAUGGCUAAAUACUGGUUCAUUUUUAUACUUACAAUAUUCAUUAAUUUGGCCACAAUCAAAACUGAAGCUGAAUUUGGAGAACCACCAUUUUUGGAGGGGCCUAAAGAUGAACGUGUAAUAUUUGGACCAUAUACUGCUGGUAAUCAAGAUAUACAAUUUGAAGAAGAAAUAGAAGAACCAAUUACAAUUGCGUAUAUCAAUUAUGGUGAGAAGAGUCCAGAACCACAGAUGCGAUUUAGUAACAAUGAAAAACAACGUUUAUUGGGCGCUGAAUUACAAUUUAAUGAAGAUGCAAAAAAAUGGGCAUUAAUUAUAACAAAAAAACAAGAUUAUGAAACGCCAACUAUGCAAGAAUAUGAAUUUAGUAUCUAUAUUGGUGACAUUGAUAAUAAACGCGAUGUUCAUAUAAAUAUUAUCAAUAUACCUGAUAAUCAUCCAAUAAUUACAGCAAAUAAAAAUAAAUGUGAAGUUAAAGAAAGUGAAGCUGGUUUGGGUCUACAAAAAGAGUGUACUUUCAAUGUCAGAGAUAUUGAUCAAAUGAUAACAGAUUUAGAAUAUACAUUGGAGGGCGAAGCAGCAGAUGAAUUUUUUGAUUUUGAAACGAAAAUAGUCGAUGCAGAAAAUGCUAUAUUAACAUUAAAAGUAAUCGAACCAUUAAAUUUUGAUGAAUACGUUAAUCUUUUGCUACUUUUUACUGCGACGAAUAAGGGUAAACCACCUUUAAGUGGUUCUGUUUCUACUGUUGUUAAAGUAAUCAAUUUACCCUUACGACCUCCAAGAUGGCAAAAAAUAGUAUCUUCACUAGAUUUUGAUGAAAAAGAAGAACAGAGUUUAACAGUGUUGGCAAAAGAUGGUGAUGUUGAAAUUAAUAAGGAGAUUCAUUAUAAGAUCGAACUUGAAAAUGAAAAUGAAAAUUUUUUUGAAAUAUUGGAUAAAACAAAAGGUGAUAUUCAUAUUAAACCAAUUGAUCGUGAUGAAUUACAAAAGGACAUAUUUUAUUUUACAAUUAUCGCAUACAAAGCAGAUAAUGAGAGUUCAUUUUGUGAUCAAAGAAUUGUCGUAAAGGUUAACGAUAUAAAUGAUCAAAUACCAGAAAUUACAAUACCAAAAGAAUAUGAGAAGCCAAUUCUAAUUUUGGAAGAAACUUAUCACGAUUUCGAGACGUUAACUGUUUACGAUAAAGAUUCGGUGCAAAAUGCUAGAUACACCAUUGAAUUAAAAAAUGGCAAAGAUAAAGUUCAUUGGAAUGAAGCGUUUGCAUUAAAACCAAGUCAAGGAUAUCAAAAAACUGAUUUACAAUUAAUAAUAAUGAAUGCAACAUUAUUAGAUUUUGAUGAACCUGAAUGGCAAAAUAUAUCCUUACAAGUACAUACAACUGAAACCGUGGAUCCAACUCAUGUAGAUCAAAAGCCAAUUGAAAUACGAUUAAUUAAUUUAAAUGAUGAAGAACCAAUAUUUGAAUCAAAUGGUAAUUUUAAAGUUUCUUUGCGGGAAGAUGUAAAGAAAGGUACUCCUGUUUGCACUGUAACAGCAACAGAUCGUGAUAUUGGUGAUAAAUUAAUUUAUUCGUUAUCAGACACUGCAAAACGAUCAUUCGAAAUAGACAAAGACACCGGAAAAAUAACAACAAAAUUAGAAAAAUCUUUAGAUCAUGAAGAACAAGUUGAAGUAUCAAUCCAAGUUUAUGUUCAAGAUACUUUUAUCGAUGGUAUUUUAAAUCAAACUCAUAAAGCACAAGGCGAAGUUAUAAUUACCGUUGGAGACGUUAACGAUAAAACACCAAAAAUUACUCUGGAAUAUGAUACAGAGUUUGUAAGUAUUGUGGAAAAUAUUGAAGCAGGUAAGGAAGUUGAAAUUAAAAUUAUUGGAGAAGACCCAGAUUCAACAGCAAAAUUAGAGUUUCUGAUUGAUUGGGAUACUUCACGUGCUGUAAAACAAGGGCGUAAUAAGGAUUUAGUAGAAUUUACAAAUUGCUUAAAAAUUGAAUGGAAAGAAGAUGGUAGCAAUAACAAGGCCAUUGCCAAGCUAAUUAUACAAGAAGUCAAACCCAAUGUGACCAUUGAUUAUGAAUUGUAUGAAAUGCUAUAUAUAAAUGUUACCCUUAUUGAUCAAGAACAAGAAAUAAACAAGAAAUGGGAUAGUGUUACAAUACCACUAUAUAUCAUUGAUGUAAAUGAUAAUCCACCAAUAUUCAAUGAUGCCAUUACUGAUCAAUUAAAAUAUGUGCGAGAUAAAGCUGAAAAAGACACUAUUAUUGGUACUGUGUUAGCAACGGAUGCAGAUGGACCCGAAUUUAAUUACGUUACUUACUAUAUAGAACCUUUAGAUGAUAUACCCGACAAUUUAGUUAAAAUUAAUAAAGAACUAGGAGAAAUUCGUGUACAAAAUGAGAUUAGUUGUGAUGAACCAAAUUAUUGGCCAUCGCUUAAUUACACAGUAAUUGCUUCUGAUUGUGAAAAUCGUGAAGGAAAAGAAAUAGAACCAUGUCAUAGAACACCACAUAAAAUUACGAUUACUAUAAACGAUGUGAACGAUCAAAAACCAACUUUAAAAGAAUUCACAAAUGGUGAGAAAGUGGACAUUUAUGAAAAUGAAACAAGUGGAUAUUUUAUAAAUCAAGUUGAUGCAUUUGAUGCUGACAGAGACAAACCAUAUAGAUCAAUUUGGUAUGUCCUAAAUGCUCAACCAGAUUCUGAAAUUAAAAGUAUUUUUAAUAUCACUGAAGAUGGUUCAUUAUUUGUUAAUUGUGUAAAUGGUCCAGAACAAUGUUUAGAUCGUGAUCAUGGCGAAUACAUAUACCAGAUUGAUAUUAGAAUGUACGAUAAUCAAAAUGGAGAUGGAAACUUUAACCAAAAGGACAUUGCGUUUACAAUUGAACUAUUGGAUAUCAAUGAUAAUGCACCAAUUUUCGAUGAUCCAAAAAGUUUUCAAUUAAAUUCUGUAAAAGAAAAUGUGGACAUUGGUACUCGGAUUAGUAAAAUUCAUGCGACCGAUAUUGAUGAUCCAGCAUUGGAUAAUAGUAAAGUAGUUUAUGGUAUUGCACAUGCGUAUAAAGAAAAUGAUGAAUCACAAAAAGAUUAUGCUGAUUUAUUUGAAGUUACAACAGAUGAUGAAUUUGAUUCUGGAUUUGUAAACACUAAAGCAUCAUUAAAAGACCAUUUUGGUGUUUUUAAGCUAAAUUUAACGGCACAUGACAAAGGUAAACCUCCACAAUCCAGUUCGGCGAUUUUUACAUUGGAAAUUUUAAAACAUAAUUUUCAACAACCUAAAAUUAUAUUUCCAACGAAAGAUUUAGCUUUACUAAAGCCUGAUGAUGAAACUCAGUUAAAAAAUUUAAUAACGAUUGAUGGAAAGUCGCUAUCACCUUUCGAAGCUGAUGAUGGUUUUAAUGGAGAAAAAUGGAAGAUGACUUUUACUAUUACACCAGAAGAUAUAUUCUCGUUGGAACCGAUUGAUGGAAAUCAAGCAAAAUUAUCAUUAAAAGAAAUGCCCGAUAAAUCUAAGUAUGAUUGCACAUUAACUGUAACAGAUAAUGGAGAUCCAAGUUUGCGUACUGAUAAAAAAUUUAUAGUAAAUUUUGUCAACAAUAAGGGGCAACCACAAUUUGAUACGAAUACUGCAUCAAAAGACUUUCAUGAAGAUACUGAAGAAGAAAAAUGGAUAGUUGAACCAGAAGCAAUUGAUCCUUUCCCCGAAGGAUAUAAACGAGACUUGUACUAUUUUAUAAUUGGUGAUCAAGAUCGUUUCAAUCUAAAUAAAAAGACCAGAGAAUUGUCUGUGAAAAAGGGAAAAUCAUUGGAUCGAAAUAUUCCAUUACAUACAGUUUUAAUUGGCGUGACAACCAUUGAUAGUCCUCCUUCAAAUCCAUCCAAAGAAUCCACAUUAAAUGUAACAAUUAAGGUUUUAGGAACCAAUAAAUACUCACCGAAAUUUGAACGUGGUACUUCCAAGAGUGGCAUACACUCAAAAACUCCAAUCGAUCAAAAAGUUUUAACUUUACAAGCCGAUGAUGAAGAUUUACAUUAUGAAUUUAUGGAAACACCUGAAAAGUUACGUUAUGAAUUAGAUGUAGAAUCAAUAAAAGUUUCCGAUCCAAGCUUGGAAGAAAAUAAGGAUGAAAUGUUUGGUAUUGAUGUGAAUUCGGGAGAAAUUCACUUAAAACGUGCAGUUAUACCAAUUAUGAAAGGAUAUUAUACGUUUAAUGUCCAUGUAAUUGACGCAGCUAAACAUCAAGAUUCAGCUGAGAUUUAUGUUUAUGUUAUCACCGAGGAAGAUCAAAUAAUGUUUGCUUUCAAUAAUACCGUGAAUGAGGUCGAAAAACAACAAGCUGCCGUUGCCGAUACAUUUACGGACGAGUUCAACAAUGAGUGCAAUAUUGAUAUAAUUACAAACGAUCUAGAUUCAGGUGGUGGACCAUUAACAAAUCGAACACGGGUAUUUACACACUUUAUCAAGGAUAACGAACUUGUGGAAGGGGAAACUAUCAAAAGCGAGGCAAAUGAUCUUACAACAAUAUUUAAUCUGAGACAAAAAUUUCUAGAAUACAAUUUAAUCUUUGAUUAUGCAUUCAAAGAAUCGAAUGUAAAUGAAAAAGAUAUGCAACAAUUAUUACAGACAAUUUUAAUUGUUGUGGUCGCUGUUUUGGGUACGCUUUGUAUUCUUUUGUUUGCGGCUUUUGUUGUACGCACGAGAAGUUUAAAUCAACGUUUAGAAGCAUUAUCGACAACAAAAUUCGGUUCACAAGAUUCAAAUUUAAAUAGAAUCGGUGCUCCAUUACCAAAUACAAAUCAAUUUUCCGUACAAGGAUCAAAUCCUGUUUGGAACGAUGAUAUAAAAGUACCUGAAUAUGACGUAAAAAGCGUGGGCAGCGGAGACUCAACUUUAGUUGGAAUUGAAGAUAGUCUAGCUUUCACCAAUUUGGAUGAAAUUACCCCAGAAGAACAGAGACGUUCAAGUUUUAAUCCUGUGAUUAUGCAACAAGAAAUAAAACGUAAGAGUUUAAAUCCCAUGGCAAAUCAAAAUCUAAAUUUAAAUGAUGAAUUAUAAAAUAAUUGUAAA